GUUAGCAUCUAUGGUUUGCUGUUUGUUGUCAAAGACACUAUGACUAUUUUAAGAUAUUUUUUUGUUUUGCUCAUUUCUGGAACAACUUUUAGCCAAGAGAAAACAUAUAUCCUUACAGCACCAAAGAUCUUCCGAGCUGGGGCAUCUGAAAAAGUUGUAGUUCAAGCUUUUGGUUAUAAGAAGGAAUUUCCAGUCAAUAUUGCCAUAAAAAGCUUUCCAGAUAAGCUUGCUGUUUACUCUUCUGGCCAGAUUUCUUUAACUCCAGCCAACAAAUUCCAAGAUUCUGUAACUUUAAGACUUCAACCAGCAGAUUUACCAAGAGCAGAGAGUUCAGACACGUAUGUGUAUUUGGAAGCUGUUUCUCCACAUUUUACAAGGUUUAAAAAAAUUCCUGUUUCCUUUGAGAAUGGGUUUCUCUUUAUUCACACAGACAAGCCAGUUUAUACUCCUGAUCAGUCAGUGAAAGUCAGGGUUUACUCUCUGAAUGAAGAACUGCGGCCAGCUCAGCGAGAAACUGUCCUGACCUUUGUGGAUCCCGAAGGAGUGAAAGUGGAUAUUCUAGAAGAAGAAGACUUUACUGGAAUAGUUUCUUUUCCUGACUUCAAGAUUCCACCUAAUCCUAAGUAUGGAACUUGGAAGAUUGAAGCCAGGUAUAAGAAAAAUUUUGUAACCUCAGCUGUUGCAGAAUUCGAAGUUAAGGAAUAUGCAAUGCCCAGCUUCUCCAUCAUCAUAGAGCCAGAAAGUAACUUUAUUAGUUCUGACAAAUUUGAGAACUUCAGGAUUGUUGUGAAGGCUAGCUAUUUCUAUAAUAAAAAGCUUGCAAAUGCUGAUGUUUUUCUUCGUUUUGGAAUAAUUGAAGAAACUGGAAAAAGAAUGAUGCCUCACGCAAUGCACGUAACCAGGAUUGAAAAUGGAGUUGCUGAAAUCAGUUUUAACAGUAAGGAAGCAGUGAGGUCUAUAGGGUUGCAAAGUCUAGAAGAACUGGAUGGGUCAUAUUUAUGUAUUGUGGCAUCAGUGUUGGAGUCCAGAGGUGGUCUCAGUGGUGAAGCAGAAUUUUCUGGAGUCAGAUUUGCUGUAUCUCCUUACAAAUUGAGUUUGAUUGCUACUCCUCUCUUUGUGAAGCCUGGACUUCCAUUCUUCAUUAAGGUGCAGGUGAAGGAUACAGUAGAUCACUUUGUUGGAAACAUCCCUGUAACUGUCACUGCAAAAUCAUUUAAUGAGCAAAUGGAUGAGACUGAGUUGAUAUCAGAAAGUUCAGAAUCUGGGAGAAGAAAAACAAGCACGAGUGAUGGAACUGCUUUGUUUGUUGUUAAUGUCCCAUCUGGUAGCAAAACAGUAGAGUUUCAAGUAAAAACUGCAGAUCCCCGUCUUUCAGGUGAAAACCAAGCACGUAAAGCCUAUGAAGCAACAGCUUAUUCUUCACCAAGUCAGAGUUAUUUAUAUAUUGACUGGGCUUCAAACCACAAAGUACUAGAAGUAGGGAAUGUAAUAAAUAUUAAUAUAUAUCCAUAUAGUCAAUAUCUUCAUAAAAUACACCACUACAGCUAUUUGAUCCUGUCAAAAGGGAAAAUAUUAAGCUUUGGAACUCAGGAGAGAAUUAAGGAUUUGGAAUAUGAACAUCUAGCUUUUGAGAUAACCCAAGAAAUGGUUCCUUCAGCACGUCUUAUUGUUUACUACAUAGUCAUGGGAGAGAAAACUGCAGAGUUAGUGGCUGAUUCAAUUUGGCUGAAUGUGGAACAGAAAUGUGGGAAUAGUCUUGAUAUUAAGCUGCAAUCAAGCAAAAAUACACUGAAACCAGCAGAAGUUGUUUCAUUAAAUAUGAAAACACAGUUCAAUUCCUUUGUUGCUUUGUCAUCUAUUGACAAAGCACUAUAUGGAGUCCCAGGAAGAGGAAAGAGAGCAAUGGAAAAAAUAAUGCUACAUUUGGAAAAGAGUGACCUUGGGUGUGGUGCUGGAGGGGGACAGAACAACAUCCAUGUAUUCCGAAUGGCUGGGCUUACCUUUAUAACUAAUGCAAAUGCUGAUGAUUCAAAUGAAGCAGAUGAAACUUGCAAUGAAGUUUUAAGAACCAAACGGUCUGACUUCAAGGAAAAGAUCCUCAACCAAGUAUCCAAAUACGUCCAUCCAGAAAUUCAGAAGUGCUGCUUGUCUGGGGUAAAAGCAUAUCCAGUCACUGAGACCUGCAGCGACAGAGCCCAGCGCAUCCGCAGAAGCGCCAGGUGCAUUUCUGCCUUCAAAGACUGCUGUGAGUUUGCAAACAGGCUGCGUGAGGAAGAGCCCAACAAGCUUCUCAUACUGGCGAGAAUGCAUUUUGAAAGUUUCUUUGAACUGGAUGAGGCAGAAGUUCGAAGCUACUUCCCUGAAAGCUGGUUAUGGGAAGUUCACCAAAUUUCUCCAAGGUCAAAGACUCUGUCUGUCACCUUGCCUGACUCACUGACCACCUGGGAAGUACAAGGUGUUGGCAUUUCUGAUAAAGGUAUAUGUGUUGCUGCACCACUGGAGUUGCAGGUUGUAAAAGAUAUCUUCCUGAGCGUUUAUGUUCCUUACUCGGUGGUGCGAGGUGAGCAAAUUGAGCUAAAAGGAUCAGUCUAUAACCACAGAGCUUCUGCAAUUAAGUUCUGUGUUGAAAUAGCAACUGGAAAUGGAAUCUGCUCAUUUGGAGAUUCUGCAGCUUCUGAGUCGAGGACACACAGUUGUCACCUGAAGAAUCUGGAGGGAAGUUCAUCGUUGCCAGUGACAUUCAAAAUUCUUCCCUUGGAAUUAGGUCUUCACACUGUCAACUUCACAUUGCUGACAGCCAGGAACAGUGAGACUCUAGUUAAAACUUUACGUGUAAUGCCAGAAGGCAUUAAGAAAGAACUCCACGCUGGUUUCACUUUGGAUCCACAGGGUGUUUAUGGUUCACUCAAGCGGCGACAAGAAUUUCGAUACAAAAUCCCCCCCAAUCUGGUCCCUAAAACAAAAAUUGAUAGAAGUGUCAGUGUAAAAGGACAUCUUCUGGGUGAAGUGAUUGCCACAGUCCUCAGUCCUAAUGGUCUUAGUAUUCUUCCUGAUCUGCCAAGGGGCAGUGCAGAGGCAGAGUUUAUGAAUAUUGCCCCAAUAUUUUAUGUGUUUCGUUACUUGGAAGAGUCCAAUAACUGGCAUUUACUGGGUUCUGGAACUUUAACUUCAAGAACUCAAAUGAGGAGGAAGAUGAAAGAAGGAAUUGUGAGUGUCUUGUCAUUCAGAAAUCCCAACUUCUCCUACAGCAUGUGGAAGAAUGGGCUGGCUAGCACGUGGUUGACAGCUUUUGCUUUAAGGAUUCUCGGACAAGUUAAUCAAUACGUAAAUCUAGAUCAAAUCUCUGUUUGUAACUCACUUCUGUGGUUGGUUGAGAGCUGUCAAAUGCCAGAUGGGUCAUUCAGUGAAUUUUCAGAUUACCAACCAGUGAAACUACAGGGUACAUUACCUAGAGAAGCUAAAGAAAAAUCUUUGUAUCUCACAGCAUUUUCUGUUAUUGGAAUUGAGAAGUCAAUUAAAAUGUGCCCUACUCAGAAAAUCCAUGAUGCUAAAAGUAAAGCAGGAGAUUACUUGAUGAAAAAUGUGCAGUCUGCUCAGAGCCCCUUUACCAUGGCAAUAGCUUCCUAUGCUUUAGCUCUGGUGGAUCUGAACCAUCGCUCUGCGCUAUCGGCGUUCUCUGCACUGAAGAGGGAAGCGUCUGUCAUAGGUGACCCUCCUAUUUAUCGCUUUUGGAAAAGCACUUUCAAAGCACAAGGGCAGCACAGUCCCAGCCCUGUGACUGCACAAAUGGUCGAAACUACAGCAUAUGCCGUGCUUACUGCUUUGCUAAGAGGGAACAAAAACUAUGCUGAUCCCAUCAUCAAAUGGUUGUCUGAAGAACAAAGAUAUGGUGGAGGAUUUUAUUCAACUCAGGACACAAUUAAUGCCCUUGAGGCCUUGACUGAGUACUCGCUUCUUGUCAAGCGGCUCAAUUUGGACAUGAAUGUUAAGGUAGCUUACAAAAACCAUGGAGACCUGUACGUCUUUAAACUGACAGAAGACAAUUUCGUGGGAAGAACUAUGACAGUACCUUUGGAUGAUGACAUAUAUGUAAGCACUGGAAGCAGCACUGGUGUAGCUACAGUAAAUGUGAGGACAGUCUAUAACACGAUUGGUACUUCUGAAGAGUUGUGCAACUUUGAAUUGAAGAUUGUUCCAAAGAGAGAUAAUGGAAAAGGUUACAGGAGUGAAGAUGGUGAGCCCCUCAGGCGCCUGGAGGCUUGUGCAAAGUAUAGGCCCAGCACGAGAGAGCCACAGUCAGGGUCUGCUCAUGCAGUGAUGGACAUAGGAUUGGUUAGUGGUGUGGAAGCAAAUACAGAAGACUUAUCUACUCUUGCAAGUGGAGUUGAUCAGCUGAUAGCAGAUUAUGAGAUAAAAGAUGGGCAUGUUAUUCUGCAGAUAGACUCUGUACCAGCUGAUGAUUUUCUCUGUGUUGAGUUCCGAAUAAGUGAGCUUUUCCAGGUUGGAAUGCUGAAUCCUGCCACAUUCACUGUGUAUGAAUAUCAUGCACCAGAUAAAAGGUGCACUGUGCUUUAUAACCCCUAUGGAAAUGAGAGACUGGUGAGAUUGUGUGAAGGAGAUGAAUGCAAAUGCAUGGAAGCUGAGUGUAGUAAAGUACAAGAGAGGCUGGAUCGCUCAGUGACUGCUGACACCAGGAGAGAAGCUGCAUGUCAGGAUGAUAUUGCAUAUGUUUAUAAAGUGAACAUCUUAUCUCGCAGUGAAGAAGGUUCUUUUGUAAAGUAUUCUGCAACUCUUCUGGAUCUCUAUAAGAGAGGGCAAGCCUUUGCUCAAAAGAAUAAUGAAAUAACCUUUGUGAAGAAGAAGAGCUGUGCAGGUGUUGAACUGAGCCCAGGAGAACAGUAUUUGAUCAUGGGAAAAGAAGCCUUAAAGAUAAGCAUUGGUUACACUUUCAAAUUCCAGUACCCUUUGGACUCCAACACUUGGAUUGAGUGGUGGCCUUCAAAUACAGCAUGUACCUUCUGUCAGGAGUUUUUAAAUACCAUGGAAGAUUUUGCUGAAGAUCUCCUCAUCAGUGGCUGCUGAUUGACUUGGAGAACUUAUAAAUGAAAAAUAUAGAUAAAAUCUCAACUACAAAAAUAUUCACUUGUUUAGUAAUUCAUUCCAAGCUUCGUUAAUAUCCAUCAACACAGCUUCAUGAAUUAUUCAUUAAUAAUUCCUCUUGAAAAAUGGUCUUUGCUUGUAUUUCAUAGCCAUGUUCUUAUGAGAUGGUAACAUUCCAAGUGUGAUUUUUUUUUUUUUAAGCAUGGAUGGGAGAAUAAUGCAGAAUAAACACUGCAAAGGCAUUUGAAAUCAAGUGAAGUGGAUCAACUGUAAAAACAAGGAAAGUGUUGUCU